GGAAUUUUUUGCUACUUGAACUACCUUACCCCCAAAAGAAGAGAAGAAAUUUUAGAAUUGUUAGUUAAUGGUUUGAAACGACUAGAAUACCGUGGAUAUGAUUCAGCUGGUGUAGCUGUCGAUUCUGCAGACUCCAAGGAUACCUGCAUUAUUAAAAAGAGCGGGAAGGUUGCUUUGCUUGCUGAGGAAAUAAAAAAUCUGAGUAAUGAUUUGGACGUCGAAAAAACCGUGGACAUCCAUUGCGCUAUUGCUCACACCCGUUGGGCAACUCAUGGUGUUCCUAACGAAAUCAAUAGCCAUCCACAGAGAUCCGAUCCAAACAAUGGGUUCGUUGUCGUACACAAUGGCAUAUGUACUAAUUACAAGGAAGUCAAAGUUUUUCUACAAAAGAAAGGACACUCUUUCGAAAGCGAAACCGACACGGAAAUCAUCGCCAAAUUGAUCUACCACUUCUACAAACAGCAUCCUAACUAUUCGUUCAGGGAACUUGUCGAGAAUGUCGUCCAACAAUUGGAAGGUGCCUUCGCUUUGUGUUUCAAAUCAAAAUAUUUCCCAGGAGAAUGCGUGGCCACCCGUAGAGGUUCCCCUCUGUUGGUUGGCAUUAAAACUGUUACUCGUCUUGCCACUGACCAUGUGCCAAUUUUAUAUGGAAAGGAAGCCCCUCCAUCACCAACUACAACAGAGGCGGAUUCCAAUCCAGAACAUCGACCUCACGGGAGAGGGGAUUACCCAACUUUACCCAGAACAGGUUCCACUUCAGAAUUUGAACCCCUAGAAGACAAACAAGUUGAAUAUUUCUUCGCUUCUGACGCGUCAGCCAUUAUUGAACAUACCAACAGGGUUAUCUACUUCGAGGACGAUGACGUUGCCGCUGUGAAAAACGGUGCACUCAGCAUCCACAGAGUUAGAAGAGCCGUCGAUGAUCCACAAAAACGUGAAAUUAUCACUCUCAAAAUGGAACUACAGCAAAUUAUGAAGGGCAAUUACGACUUCUUCAUGCAAAAAGAAAUUUUUGAACAGCCAGAAUCCGUCGUGAACACAAUGAGAGGUCGCAUGAAUUUCGAGAAUGGGACCGUUACACUUGGCGGAAUAAAAGACUAUAUUCCAGAAAUCAAACGUUGUCGAAGACUGAUGCUCAUUGGCUGCGGCACGAGUUAUCACAGUGCCAUUGCAACGAGACAACUUUUGGAAGAACUUACCGAACUACCGGUCAUGGUAGAAUUAGCUAGCGACUUUUUGGACAGGACCACGCCCGUAUUCAGAGACGACGUUUGCUUCUUCAUCUCGCAAUCCGGAGAAACCGCGGACACUCUAAUGGCUUUGAGAUAUUGCAAAGAGAGAGGUGCUUUGAUUAUUGGCAUCACAAACACAGUUGGUAGCUCAAUUUGUAGAGAAUCGCAUUGCGGUGUUCACAUUAAUGCAGGCCCUGAAAUCGGUGUGGCUUCCACCAAAGCCUACACUAGCCAAUUUAUUUCUUUGGUUAUGUUUGCCCUAGUCAUGAGUGAAGAUAGGUUGUCUUUGAAGCAGAGGAGAGAUGAAAUUAUCAAUGGCUUGAAAAACUUACAAGAACAAAUCCGCAAAGUGUUAAAACUAGAUGAAGAAGUAAAAAAAUUGGCUGAAGAUUUGUACAAGAAAAAGUCUUUAUUGAUUAUGGGCAGAGGCUUCAACUUUGCUACCUGUUUGGAGGGUGCAUUGAAAGUAAAAGAAUUGACUUACAUGCACAGUGAAGGUAUUAUGGCUGGUGAACUUAAACAUGGACCACUUGCUCUUAUUGACGAAGCCAUGCCUGUGAUGAUGAUAAUCAUGAGGGACCCUGUAUAUAAUAAAUGCAUGAAUGCUUUACAGCAGGUAACUGCCCGUGAAGGAAAACCAAUUAUAAUAUGCGAAGAAGCAGACAAAGAAACAAUGGCAUUCAGUGAGAAAUGCCUUGAAGUACCCCGAACUGUUGACUGUUUGCAGGGAAUUUUAACAGUUAUACCUAUGCAAUUGCUUUCCUUCCACAUUGCCGUCCUGAAAGGAUGCAACGUUGAUUGUCCUCGAAAUUUGGCAAAAAGUGUUACUGUUGAAUAG